CGUGUCUUUCUCCAUUUCGUGUCUCCCUCUUCCUCACCGACUUCCCAUUACUUCCCUUAAUACCUAAGAUUUCCACAAAUAUAUACUCAAAACUCAAUCGAAGAAUUAGCCCACAAAAUUAAGCAUAAUUCUCAAAUAUCCCAACCAUGUCUUCGUCGCGCAGUUCUCUCUACCCUCAAGUUGAUCAAACCAAUCCAGAAUCUAACUCUCAAUUCACCCCCAAAAACUCUUCCUCAUCCAUGUAUCCAACAAUCCAGAUGAACGAAUUAGCCGAAAACCUAUUCCCAGAUACCGACGAUGAAAAAGCCGCCCCCGCUGAAUUCGACUCCUUCGAGCAAGUCCUCGUCACGAUCCCCGGUUCAAUCGUCCACUUAAUCGAUAAGGAACGCAGCGUCGAGCUCGCUUCUGGCGAUUUCUCGGUGGUGCAGCUCCUUCAGGGCGGCAACGCCGUUGCCGCGCUCGCCCGCGUCGGGGAGCAGAUCCAGUGGCCCCUCGCGCGGGACGAGGCCGCGGUCAAGCUCGACGAUUCGCAUUACUUCUUCAGCCUCAGAGUCCCCGCCGCUGCUAACGACGGCGAAGGCGGCGGCGGCGAAGAUCUGUUGAAUUACGGAUUGACGAUUGCGGCGAAGGGGCAGGAGGAUAAGGUGCGGGAGCUGGACGGGGUGCUGGAGAAAUUCAGCGCGUUUAAGGUGGAGAAAGCGGCGGCGGUGGUGGAGCAGGGGUGGUGGGGGGCGGUGGCGCGGGAGGUGUCGCCGGAGGAGAUGAAGGGGGAGAAGAAGGAGGAGGUGGAGAAGAGCGCCGCCGCGUAUUGGACGACGCUGGCGCCGAAUGUGGAGGAGUACAGCGGGAGCGUGGCGAAGCUGAUCGCGGCCGGGUCGGGGCAGCUGGUGAGGGGGAUUUUGUGGUGUGGAGAUGUCACUGUCGAUAGGCUCAAAUGGGGGAAUGAAUUCUUGACUAAGAGAAUGGGGAAAGGCUCAAGCUCUGAGAUUAGCCCUCAAGCUUUGAGGAGAUUAAAGAGGGUGAAGCAGAUGACGAAGAUGUCGGAGAAGGUUGCAACCGGGCUGCUCUCGGGGGUUGUGAAGGUCUCUGGUUUCUUUACUAGUUCAGUUGUGAAUUCUGCAGUGGGGAAGAAAUUCUUCAGCCUUCUUCCUGGAGAGAUCAUUCUUGCUUCCUUGGAUGGAUUCAAUAAGGUUUUUGAUGCCGUGGAGGUUUCUGGGAAGAAUGUGAUGUCGACUACAUCAGUCGUUACAACAAAGCUCGUCUCACAAAAAUAUGGAGAGCAGGCAGCGGAGGCAACCCAUGAUGGGCUGGGCGCUGCAGGCCACGCCAUUGGGACGGCAUGGACUGUGUUCAAGUUAAGGAAAGCUCUCAACCCGAAAAGCGCCUUGAAACCUACAGCUUUUGUCAAGGCUGCAGCCGCCGAGGCUAAUGCUGCUAAGUUGAAGGAUAAACAGAAGAAAUGAUCAGACUUGUUAUGUUGCUUGAUAUGCUUUUGAUCCAUGGAUUUUCUACUUGCUAGGAUCAAAAUUGUAUUGGCAUAACUGUAUAUGUAUAUGAUCUUGUUUUACAUUGUAAUGGAGUGGUGUUUCUUGUCA